UUUCCCCACUGGCUUGGUUGUUUCCUAUGGAUCUCGCCGAGCUGCAAAACAGCGAGACUUCGCGAGACUAGUUACGCACGAGUGGAAGCAUACUGGCGGCAUCGCUUCAGGUAUUUUUGCAGAUUGGAACGUUAUGAAACAAACAGACGAAUCUCCCGAAGGAGAAGCUGGGGAGCAUGGCUGCGAUGAUCUCGCCAAUCCAGCGGCUGCUAAUUGUGCAGGUGAGGAAGAGCCCGACAAGUUGUCGUCAAAUAUCUUCUGGUACACGGUCAUGCCACUCGUCUUCAUAAUCACUGUGCCCAACGUGGUCAUUUGCGCAAUCUCUUUCGUGAUAACGCACUGUGCUACGAUAUCUCUGGCCUUGGAGUCUGGUUUCCUCAGUUUCUUAUGGAAAUCGUGGACGACAUACGGAAUGGGACCACGGGACUGUUGGCAGUUCUUGAUGGUGUUCGCGCUGCACAGUUCACUGUCCAUCGAAGCGCUGCGGGGGAAGAAGUACUGGGGCCCGCCAACGUCGUCUGGACACAAACCCGUUUACUGGAACACGGGUUUCACCUACUACGCGCUGACAAUGGCAUUCGCCGCUUUUUUUCUGCUGAAAGAGGACCUUCCGUGCUAUACGCUUUACCGAGCCUUGCCCGGUUUUACUAUUGCUCUCGUAAUCGCCGGAACGUUCGUAUCUGCCCUUCUCUUCUUGAUGGGAACGAUGGACCCUUCACCCGGAGAGUUCAGCACCACGGGAAACAUCGUGUUCGAUUUCUACUGGGGCAUCGAGCUCUAUCCGCGAAUCGGCGACAGGUUCGACAUGAAGAUGUGGACCAACAGUCGGUUCGGCAUGAUGCUCUGGCAGCUCCUCGUGCUCGCCUGCUGGAAGGCGCAGGUGGACACGACGGGCUGGAACUGGGCCGUGGCAGUAUCGGCCCUGCUGCAGAGUGCAUACAUCGUAAAGUUCUUUUGGUGGGAAGACCUCUACAUGCAGACCAUGGACAUAACAGUGGACAGAGGAGGUUUUUACAUGUGUUGGAGCCACAUCGCAUUUGUUCCUUCGAUGUACUCACUGGCCAGCAUCUACAUGGUGGAGAACCCUUCGGACAUGCGUCCAGGUACAGCUGCGGUGAUUCUGGCCGUGGGGGUCGUCAUGAUCUUGUCGACUUGCUGGUGUCAACAUCAAAAGCAGGUGGUCAAGGAAAAGAAGGGCGACUGCAACAUAUGGGGCUCGCCGGCAAAAGUGAUCAGAGCAGCGCACAAAGACGCUUCUGGCAACGACGACACAAAGCUCCUUGUGGCGUCCGGGUUCUGGUCUAUAUGUCGUCACCCGAACUACGUCUUCGAAAUUCUCGCGGCCCUCUGCUGGGUUCUGCCAUCGGGGAACAGGAGCGUGGUACCAUACUUCCACGUCAUCUUUCUUGCGGGUUGGUUCGUUUACCGAACGAAUCGCUUCGAGAGGCUGUGCGCAAAGAAGUAUGGAGAGCACUGGACAGAGUACUGCUCUUUAGUCAAAUAUAGAAUGAUACCUCACGUGUUCUAAGCUGCGGCCUUUCACGCAGAAGAGGACGUUACAGUGAAUAUGUCAAGCUCGGAAAGCGACAUGCGAAGUGCUGGAGUCGAAUUCUUAACAGGUACACCUCAGUGACCAACUGGGGCGUUGAUGCGCUCCUCCUGGUAAAGCUACAGCCUCGAUGUUAUCUUUUCUUUCUUUCUUGGUUCUUUUUUCCUUCCUUCCUUCCUUCUGCCUUUCUUUAAUUCUUUAUUUCUCUCUUUUAAUCCAUAAACCCCAUGGGCCCUAUGUAGGAUAGCCAAACGGACGCGCGCCUGCUUGACGUCCCAGUCUUUCUUCUCUGUUCUAUCUCUAUCUCUCUCUAUAACUGGCGCGAUACUGUUAUCGAACUGAAUAUCUUAAGUGCCCAUAGAAGCGAGCAAAACAUUGUAAAGUUAUCAGAACAUCUAUGUUACGUAAGCAAACUAAGUGGAGAAUUAAUGCCUGUCCAUGGUAACUUUCAGCGCAGAAUCAUACGGGAACGAAGGGGCAAGAAAAAAAAAAAAGGAACGAACACGUACACCGGUAACGCGUUCUUCUUUCUUUUUCGUUCCCCUAUAGUUCUGCAGUGGCAGAUGCCAUAUAUUCGCAAAUUCCAACUUACCCAGAUCGGUACCUUAUGCCUUGUAAAAACUGAUCGCAUUAUACAGUUGAAAUAAGAUAAGUAACUGAUGUCUGGUUUUCUUGCCACGGCACGCGGUGCCUUUGUGGUGCUCUGUUGCAGUAUACGACAUCGCGGGCGAUUCGAAACGGCCGCUCUAGUGUGGGGCGGUCACAAAGGGUCCAUGGGGAAAGACUAUGGACUUCAUUAAACAGGCCUGAGAACUGCAAGUGCAACCGAAGUAUUUCACCAUGGCGUCACUCAUAGCAGCCAGGCAACGUUCUAUAGACUGAACUACAUUUUAUUAUUCUAAUAUGGAUCAGUCACCUGUUAUUUAUUGAAGUGUUUCGCUAAUAAAACGUGCCUGUCGUGCUAUAUAUUUUGAAUAACGCCAGGAAAAUGAUCCUUUACGACCAAAUGCUUGCAGUGCUCCCAAGACGGCUGCAUUCACCUCUACCGAAAUUAGUUAUAAAAAAUCUUCGCCAUUGUGUGUGCUUCUUAUUUGGUUUUCUUUUAUUAUCAGUAUGGGGCAAUUUCAGUCGUCAACUCCUAUAAGGUAAUAUACAAAUACAAAAAAUAAGACAAACAGACAAAGAAAAAGCCUGCGUCUUAUGACUGUUUUCGGUUGCUUUCGCGACAGCUGUCACCUCCCUUAAAAAAUCAGGAAGUAUAAUGUCAUUAUGUCUGCUUCCAUUCAGCACUCUGGCCACAUAAUUCAUGCUUUGAGGCUGCGAAAAAAAAAGAACAUAGGAAAAGGAAGCUUUGCUCUUCUGAAGACAGCGGUUAGGAUGGCAGAAAAGUGAGGUCCCAUUUAAAUGGGUCAUGUGUCAUUCAUGCUGAAAUUCUAACUGGCUUCGCAUUUCUGGCGGACCAGGGGCCGAGUUCACAAAACUUACCUCACGCUUCCCCAACCCUUUCUAUAUACAAUAUGCGUCUUUCAAUUCAAUUCAAUUCAAUAUCUCACGAAAGACCGUUCUCUUCAUUAAAUAAAUUUUAUUAUACGAGGCGCAGUGAAAAAAAAAAAGCGGACAAUUGUGGAGCAUCUGGAUCCGUAACAUCAAGCCUUGCGAAUACAGGCUUUUUAAAAGCCUAACGCACAAGUACUUCUUUCAAAAAGUAGUUGUAAAUGGGCAAGAAAUCAUAUCGAAAUAACGCGAAGGACAGACACAUGAUGCACAAGAAAAGCACUUUUAACACCUGUCGUGUGCCUACAUGUCAUUGUCCUCGUCUUUAUCACGCCAUAUUUUUUUUCGUUCUUCACAUGUGAAAAAAAAAUUGCCCAAGAAAAUGCUUUGCUGUGUUUUUCAACGCCUGGAUGACAUCGCAAAUAUCUACGCUGUUACGAUAGCCGGGCGCUUGCUCUUAAACACCUACCUGCACUGUUCAAAGCGCUUAGUGAGCAUGGGCAGACAUGUAUUACAUGCUUAGUGAGCAUGGGCAGACAUGUAUUACAUGUUCCAGUGAUCCCCACGGAAAACGUAAUAAAGUGCCUUUGA